AUGGCCAUGGCCAUGGCCGCGGCAGCGGCGCCUGCGUGCGGGGAGCCCCGGGCAGGCGCCGAGGGCGGCCGUGGGGCGGCGUUACGCACGCCCCACAAGGAAGCUGUGGGCGGCCGGCAGCCGCUUAUGAGGGAGAGGGCCCCGCGCGCCGCAGGCCUUUCCCAGUGCCGCCUGAGGCUGCGGGUGCGCGGAGGCCGGUGCUCACCUCCAGGGCUGGCAGUGACCCCGGGCACCCUGCUGCGGGCAGGGAAGCAGGGAAAGCAGAGAGGGAGAGGGCAACGCGAGUUUUCACCCUUUCCCUCCCGCGGCACCGAGGUGGGAGCAGGCAGGAAGCAGCGGGCGACGGCGGCCGUGGGGCUCGUGCCCCACACUGUGGUUUCCCAAGGGCGCAGCGCUCUCCUGUGCCGCCCCAGGAGCCACACGAGCAUGGCGUGCCGCCCCGAGGGCCCACUGGCACCGUCCGGACCGGCGCUGAAGACCUUGCUCUGGCUCGGGCUCCUUGCAUGUCUCGUCAUGAGCCUAGGAUACACCACCAUCUCACUGCCUUUCAUUUGCUCCCUCUUAGGCUCUGCGGUGGAGAAAAAAGUGGCCAACGGCAAAGUGGGGGAAAAAGUUGGCCUGCCUUGCUGCCAUGAAAUACCCAGCACAGAAAGCCUACGUAAUUACCGGGUCUACUGGCAGAAGAACAUCACGGAGGUGGUGCUUGCGUACGCAGAGGGAAAGAAGAUCUCAAGCAAUGACCGGUUUGACAAUCGGACACAGCUCAACGAGCGGAAUCACUACCAGUGCAUUGUUCAGCACCUCAAAGUUUUGCAAAACUCAGUUUUACCCAUCAUUGUGUGUGAUGAACCUGUGACCCUCUACAUUACAGCUGACUUCAGUGAGCCCAGCAUAACAGCAGAAGUAAUCAGCAGUUCCUGUGAAUCAGAUGAGGUCAUGUUAAGCUGUUCUUCUCAUGGAGCUUUCCCCAAACCCCAAAUCUCUGGAGUCCUCAACAACAGGCCCGCGGUGUGGAAUGUCACCUGGGUGUCGGAGUCCAGCAACAGCCCAUACAACGUCACCGGCAACAUGCAGCUCAACUUGACUGAAGACACCAACCUCACUUGCUCCGUUGAACACAAUGGCUUUGCCAAGUCUACUAGCUUGCUUCUGAAAAAAAGAAAAAACUGUGUUCUUCCCGCUGUAGCUCCAUCGUAUAAUGUUGUUAUUGCCUCAAGCAUCAUCAUCAUCAUCUUCCUUUUGGCUGUCACCUUAGCAGCAAGAUUCCUCCCAAGGCAUGUCUGUUUUCAGUGCUAUACGCCUCAAGAUUCAGAUGCAGAUGUGAAAGAAAGCAUGAAGAUAGCUGAAUUCUCUAAAGUGACAUCUGAAACGUCAUCUGAAUGACCAGACGAUACUUGCAGGUUUCCUAUCCUGUACAUUCUACACUGCGGUCCCCCUGUUCUCUACGGCAAUGCUUACUGCAGUGACCCUUCGGCUCUCUGAAAGGG